GUGUUGAUUAUUAAUGGCGGAUAAUCGAAUAAAAAACAUCUUAUAAAAUGGAUAUGCCGCUUGAAUUAGAAACUGAUAUUUUAAAUUUAGAUGAUGAAAUAAAUCCUGAAAUCACAGAAUCAGCUCAAGAUAACGAAAAUGCAAAUACAGCUAUACUCGCAGAAGAUGAUGAAUUGCUAGAGAAAAAUAAUCAAGAAGAGCAUGAGGAAGAGGAUGCUGAGUUAUCACCUGAUGGCAUUUUAGAUGAGGAAACAAUAGCCCGCGGACUUUCUAAUGUUGGACGCUCAGCAAAUGGUGAUAGCCAAGUAUUUUUAAAUGUGACUAUACCAGGAUUUUCAUUAACUGACAUUUCCUUGUUAGGAGAGUAUAUCCACCUGCAAAAAGUUGAAAUUCCAUACAAUGAUAUUACAGAUUUAUCUCCUUUGGGAAAACUGAAAAACCUUCUAAUUCUUGAUGCAUCUCACAACAAAAUUGAAAAAGUUCUGGACUUUGAACCUCCAUUUAAUCUACAAGAAGUCAACCUGUCAUGGAAUAAAAUAAAAGAGAUAAAUAAUCUCUCCAGUCACCACAGUUUGAGGAAACUCUGUCUUGACAACAACGAAAUCACUUCCAUUAAUGGUUUGCAGCAUUGUAAACGGCUGAAGCAUCUCAGCCUUUCCCAUAACAAAAUUUUGAAAAUUCAGUGCCUCGAUGAUCUUCCAAUACAGUACCUAAAUCUGAGUUACAAUGGUAUCAGAGUCAUUGAGAAGCUGGAAUCAAUGAAGCAGCUCAGAGAACUAAACUUGUCAGGUAACUGCAUUAGAAGCUUAUCAGGACUGGACAAGAUUAAAAAUCUGGAGAUUGUCAACUUAGAGGAUAAUGAGGUGAUUGACAUUGUGGAGAUAAAUCACAUCAAGCAAGCGAAGGGUUUGUGUGACCUAAAUCUGCUGCGAAACCCCAUCCAAGAGCUGCCAGACUACAGGCUUUCCAUUAUUUUUAGACUGAAUAAACUGACUCUGCUUGAUCGAAAACAUGUGAAGGAUGAGGAAAAGGUUGCAGCAGUGAACACAUUUGAUCCUCCCAUGGAAGUGGUAGCAGCUAGAGAUCACAUAAUGCAUGUUGUGUAUUCUUUUCUUCAACCAGCUAAAGUUUGGAACUGUACACUACCCAAUAUUGAGACACCCUACCCAAUGCUUGUUCUUGUGGGUCCUCAAGGCUCAGGGAAGAAAGAUCUGGCUAUGAAACUGGUUGAUGAAUUUAGUGAUUACUUUGGUUAUGGAGUUUCUCAUACAACAAGAAAGCCAAGAUAUGAUGAAAUGCAAGGAAGAGAUUAUUACUUUGUAUCUUUGGAUAGGUUUGAAUCAGACAUAAAGACAGGUCAGUUUAUACAGACAUAUCAAUACAAUGAUCACUGGUAUGGUCUCCAAAUGGAAUCUAUUGAGAAUGUAGCAAGAGAUGGACUGGCGUGUAUUGUACACAUGGAACUAGAAGGAGUUCUGACUUUGAAGAAAACCUAUUUUGAGCCCCGAUAUGUUCUGGUUAUGCCUCUGAAUUCAGAAAUACAUGAAAAAAGGUUGCGUAAAAGAGACAUUUACACAGAGGAACAAAUAAAAAGAACACUAAAGAAAAGUGAAUUGUAUGUCAAAACCAACCAAGAUCAUCCAGGGUUCUUUGACAUUAUGAUAUGCAGUGAUGACAUAACUGAAGCUUAUAAGCAACUGCGCAAAAUUGUGAUGGACUAUCUUGGAAUUACCAGUGAUGCCCUACAAAAUGUAGAUCCCAACUUUGCUACAAGGGAGGCUACUCCCAACAAUAUGCGAGGUAGAACUUGGUCAAAACCCAGUAACACAGACAGCUCAAACAAAAGGAGCCAACCCAACCAGUCAGGAGUCAUAAAAGACAAGGGUAUUGUGGAACAAGAAUCAUUUAAAAGAAGACAGAGUGCCGCCAAGAAUGUUUUUACUGGAUAUGUUCCACCUCUGUAUGAUCAAAUUAAAAAUAUGUAUCCUAAGACAGCUCCCCAGUCUGUGAAAAAACAAGUUGGUUUUGGGGAGUUAUCUCGAGCAACAUCGGAACCUGCUCAUCAGAGACAGCCCCCAAACCUGUUUGAUGACUCCAUCCUGCCAGAGUCCCCAGACUCUUCCUGCGGUGACACGGUCAGCUCAGGGUCAUCGGACCUGGAUUCGGCCACAGAGCUGCAGCAGAGCCGGAUGGAGGACAUAACAACCCUGUAUGAGAGCAUGCAGCCCAAAGACCCCAUCUACAUGUCCGGGGAUGACGCCUCCCCCUGUUCAUUCAAUUACUCCAAGUAUGAGCCACACUCCUUCUCCCCCAGGCCAGGGUCGGAUAGACAUGCCGUGUUACCUCCCAUACAAAACACAGCUGGAUAAACAAAACAAAACAUUUUUUUUUAACAAGACAGAUUUUUUUUUAAUCAUAUAUAAGAAUAAAAUAAAAUAUUUGUAAAAAAAGGAACUUCAUAAUGUAGUUGUGGUUUUUUUAAUUACAUUAACUGUGUUACCUCCCAUACAAACCACAGCUGGAUAAACAAAACAAAACAUUUUUUU